AUGAUGGAGUUGAAGAGAAAGAAGUGGCAGUCGAAGCUCCAACAUACCAAGAUGCAGGUUUUACACCGAUGUUUAGCAGCUUUUAGCCGAGUUUUGAGUUUCCGUAAGAAACAAGAAAAGAGUGGAAUAAACCCUAGUUUUAAUGAAACCACGCUUGCUAUUGUUACUCAGCCAAUGUCUAUGGGCAUACCGGAGGAGCUUGUAGAAGAGAUUCUCCAGCACCUUCCGGUGAAAUCUCUUGUAAGAUUCAAAUCUGUAUCUAAGAGGUGGAGAUCAGUGAUCGACUCCAGCCACCUCCAGGUGAAACACCUCCGCAUCCGUCACAAAAACUAUGGAGAUAAAGAGAAGAACAUCGUCUUUGAGAAGGAAAAGUCGGGAGGCUUCCAGGUAACUACUUGCUCGAAACACAUAAAAUUUUGUUCUCCUCUUAGUUGUUACUGUUACCGAGUGAGAGAAGAAGAUACCACUAUUAGAGUUGCUGGAUCUUGUAAUGGUCUGGUCUGCGUGUAUGAUUUGGUCCACGUUUACAUAAUUAACCCUGCAACAAGAAGGACCCGGAGACUUGAUCCUCCUAUUUCUUUAAAAGGUAAGAGGCUUUCAAUGGGAUUUGGGAGAGACGUUGAGACAGGAACAUACAAAGUGGUGGUUGUGUAUAGCUUCGAUUGUGGUAACAGUAUCGAGGCCUUGGUUUUCGAUCUCGGGGAGAGCGAGUGGAGGAGGAGGUACGAAACCGCUGGUCCCAUCCCUGAAUGUUCGCUUUCUUUCACUGUAUUUAACCCCCACCGGAAAGCACUCUUUGUAAACGGCUCACUUGUUUGGUCGAUGACACGCGUGGACAAGGGGAUACUUGUCAUGGAUCUACACACCGAAAAAAUCCGUAAGAUACAUUACCCUGACGGUUGUUUAAAAGGUCAUGUUCACAUUAGUAAUCUCAAUGACCGUCUCUGCGUCUCUCAACUAAGCGAAGGUCCAGAUUCGGAAGCAUUGGUUCUUCUGGAAGACGAGCCCAUCGAGAGGUGGGAGAGAAUUGUUCCCUUCCAAAUUCCUCCAUUAUCGUUGAAUUCCACGUGGUUUACACAGACCUUGCUUUCUCCAUAA